CAAAGUCGAACAGGUGGAAUCGAUAUCUUGUUCCAAAAGAAAUUCAGGCGGGGCAAGCAGUAAGAAAACACUAAACACAGUUUAGCAAGCAGCAAAUCAGAGGAGAGAUGGCUAGUAUCGGAACAGGCUACGAUCUAUCGGUGACGACAUUCUCGCCGGACGGGCGUGUAUUUCAGAUCGAGUACGCCUCCAAAGCUGUCGACAACAGCGGCACCGUCGUUGCCAUCAAGUGCAAAGACGGCAUUGUUAUGGGAGUUGAGAAGCUGAUUGCAUCUAAGAUGAUGUUGCCCGGAUCUAAUCGCAGAAUUCACUCCGUUCAUCGCCAUUCCGGCAUGGCUGUUGCAGGAUUAGCCGCAGAUGGAAGACAGAUUGUUGCACGUGCCAAAUCCGAGGCUAACAACUACGAGAAUCUAUAUGGUGACCAAAUUCCGGUGAAAGAACUUGCUGAGCGUGUUGCCAGCUAUGUGCAUCUGUGUACACUUUAUUGGUGGCUCAGGCCAUUUGGGUGUGGAGUAAUUCUUGGAGGUUAUGACAGAGACGGGCCACAAUUGUAUAUGAUAGAACCUUCAGGAGUAUCCUACAGAUAUUAUGGUGCUGCUAUUGGGAAGGGAAGGCAGGCUGCGAAGACAGAGAUUGAGAAAUUGAAGCUAUCUGAGAUGACUUGCCGACAAGGGGUUAUAGAAGUUGCCAAGAUAAUUUUUGGUGUACAUGAUGAGGCUAAAGACAAGGCAUUCGAAUUGGAAAUGAGUUGGGUUUGUGACGAGUCAAAACGCCAACAUCAAAAGGUUCCCGAUGAGCUUUUAGAAGAAGCCAAGUCUGCAGCAAAAGCUGCACUUGAAGAGAUGGAUGCUGAUUAGUUAGCAAGGAAUGUUUACAGUGUUUAAAUAUGUAAUUCUGUCUGGGCAUCUCUUCAGAUUAUCAAGCUUAAAAUGAUGGGUUAGUCUAAUCCAGUUUAAGCUAACCCCAAAAAUAGUGCUCAAAGCUUAAUUAUUCACUUGACCUAGAGCUAGCCCUGUCUAUUUUCGGAAUGUAACAGGACUAUCUUGGAUAUGUUAAUUGCUGCUUCAGUAUUAUGUACUUACUUGCACUGUAUAUGGUGCUUUUAUGAUCUCUGUGCACUAUAUAUGGUGCUUUUAUGA